AUGGCCAGCCUACUCAAAUCCAUCCUCCUCCUGCUCCAGCUCUCAGGCCGGGCCCUUGCCCUCCCCCGCGACGACAAUACACCCGCGCUCACGACGACCUCCGUGAGCACCCAAACCUCCUUGGAGCUGCGCCACGAAACACUCGCCGUCCGCCUGGCGCCAGACACCUCCUUUACGCAAUCCUGCAAGGACAUGCGCCUCGACAUGGCCGAUGCCGACAAGGCCAAGACGCCCAGGCUGGCAGCCAAGUGCCAAGACAAGUACGGUAAAGAGCGCUGCGCCAGCAUCAAGCUGAACAACUGCAUCGCCAACCGAGAGGGCUCGCUGAGCUGGGCAAGGGAUCGGUUUUCCCCCCUCGCUGGCCCUGGGACCUUGCUGACCCUGGGAUCCAGCGGCAACUUCCACACCUCGUGCCGGGAGUGUAAUCUCGAUACGGCCAAUGGUGGUCUGGUCUGCAUGUGCAACAAUAUCAAGGGCGGAGCUGAUAACUCCCUCAUCAAGCUCCGUAGGUGGAACUCUGCCCCCUCUCCCACAGAUCGUAUUUAG